AUGUUCCAAGUACAGAAUCCUAUCUGGAAACCCCAUGUCAAGUACCAAGAAUAUUGGCAACUUGUGAAAGCACAACCCAACGGCCCACAUGAAACUUACCUGUGCUCUUACAUUGUGGAUUGGAGCAAUCAGACUGCACGAAACUUCCGAGAGCUUAUAGCACAGCCUAUGCAAGUCUUUGACGAGAAACACAUGUUGUGGCAGAAUAGCAAAACCUGCAAGCACUUGGCAGCCUUGGUCCAAGAUAUACUCGGUAAAAACACUGUGAAGAAAGUUCUCUGCUUCGGGCUCGGUGAUUUUUGCCGCUCCGCGCCUGAAUGGCUAAAAAGGCAGCACGGCUCUUGGGAUGAGAACUCUGAGGUGAAAAAUGUUAUGGGUUGCAUGAUCCAGCAUUCGAUGGCUCUCACUAUCGCUCAACUUUGUCGUGGCAAUAAAACAUUGCCAUUACUUGCUCAGGACCCAGAUUAUACAGAGGUCGCGGAAGAGAUCCUGAUCAAGAAGGAAUUCAAAAUUGUUGGAACUCACGGUGCAGGAGGAUUCGCGGAAAUUGACGAGGAAUCGAUCAUAAUAUCACCCUUUGCUGCCGCCCCAGUGAAGCAGAUUAUCGCCGACCUUGCUCGGCCUGUGCUCAUUAUUUCCACCGGCUUUGAAGUCUUCAAUGGCAAUGAAAAACCAUUGGCAGAUGCUGAAUCUCCGAGAACAAGGCAAAUGUGGCUGGAUUAUGAUGCCUAUAGCCUUCCAAGCCAUUCUGAUGACGUUGAAAUAUGCUCUGCACUGAAAGGACUACAUUUGUAUUGUAGACGCCAGCAACCUCUGGAUUCGCAAGGAGCCUAA